UGUACUCUUCUUUUACGACGACAGAUCGGUCAAGAUGGAGGAGUUUAGGAGCAGGUUAUCGACAGCGACGUCCAUAGAUUCACAUCAGAAGAAUUAUCUAACAUCGGACGAAAUCAACCACAACAAUCUUCGACGUAAGCGCCAGCUACACGCAUGCACUAUCCUACACUACUCACCUUUCAAAGCCGUCUGGGAUUGGUUCAUUCUGUUGUUAGUACUCUACACUACCAUUCUGACGCCGUACUCCGUAGCCUUCCUCCUGAAAGAUGACACGAAGCAAGCGAAACUGAACAAAGAGCCCGAUACACGUGAUAGUCAGGGACCCUCAUCCAGUUACACCAACCCAUUGAUUAUUAUCGAUCUUAUAGUCGACGUUAUGUUUAUUUUCGAUAUCCUGAUAAACUUUCGAACUACCUAUGUUGAUGAUAAUAAAGGCGAAGUAAUAUCAAACCCCUAUGAUAUUGCGGCACAUUAUUUAAAAGGAUGGUUCUUUAUUGAUGCCAUGGCGGCAAUACCCUUUGAUCUUAUACUUUUUGGAGCUUCCGUUGAUGAGAAAACAACAACUACUAUGGGAUUGUUAAAAACUGCACGUCUGCUAAGACUAUUGAGAGUUGCGCGAAAGUUGGACCGGUAUUCGCAAUAUGGCCCAGCUGUCGUUUGCCUCCUAAUGCUAACCUUUGCCCUGGUUGCACAUUGGAUGGCGUGCAUUUGGUACGCGAUAGGAGACGCGGAACGAAGCAAGCAAAAUUACUCGGGCUGGAUAGCCAAGUUAUCCAAAGAUAUUCAGGAACCUUAUACGAAUGAGUCGGAGAGUGGGCCGUCGAUGGAAGCGCAGUAUCUGACGGCGUUAUAUUUUACACUAACCACUUUAACAACCGUCGGCUUUGGCAACGUGUCGGCAAAUACCGAGGCUGAGAAGCUAUUUUCUAUCUGUAUAAUGCUUCUGGGAUCUCUCAUGUUUGCUUGUGUGUUUGGAAACAUGACCGCAAUUAUUGAGCGGCUGUAUGAAGGGAUGGCUAGGUAUCAUCAGCAGAUGGGACUCGUCAAGGAAUUCAUCAAGUUCCACAAUGUACCGAGUCCUCUAAACCAACGACUGAGGGAGUACUUCAAACAUGUCUGGACUUCUGCAAAGCAGAGUGAUGUUCAAGAAAUUGACGAAGUAAUGAAAACUUUUCCAGAUUUCCUUCAAGCUGAUAUAUCUCUCCACCUGAAUCGAAAUCUUUUGAAAAAUACAGCCGCUUUUAAAGGCGUCAAUGUUGGGUGUUUGAGAGCUCUUUCCAUGAAGUUUCAAGCCACUCAUUUAGCCCCUGGAGAUGUGUUAGUCCACAUUGGAGAUAACCUGGCAACGCUAUAUUUCAUAUCUAGAGGAUCUUUAGAAAUUUUAGAUGAGGAUGCAGUUGUAGCAAUUCUAGAGGAGUUGGAUCCUCUCAUUACCAUGGAGUUGGGAAAUACAUUCGAGAAAAGACACAGAAUACAAUCAAAACAAUGUAGCACCAAACGGGACAAUCAAGAUGAUGGAGAUGAUUAUUAUGAAGAUGAGUUGGACCUUUCCUACCUAUGUGCAGAACCUACCAAAGACUUUCUGGAUGUCGAUCAGGGAACCACGUCAAUGCCACAUAUAGUCGUAGAGGACGUCAGUCCCAUUGUAGCCAACAGUGAUCUUAACAAUAAAAUAGAAGUCGUCUUCUCAAAACUAGACGAGUUAGAGCAAAAAUUCGAAGAGAAACGCGACGCUAUAUUCGAGAUUUUAACAAGAGGAUAUCCUCACCAUAUCAGGCAAGCUUAUGUUAGCAACAAGACGUAUGCAAAACAAAAUGGUGCCGUCUCAGGGCAUAAUAUGUGGUCAUCAUUAGAUGACGAUAACAGUGAUUCAAACAUCUACUUUCACUUCGCAAAUCCUUCUCGCCAGAAAGCAUACAUCCUCCGGAACUCCUCGGAGCAUCAGGGAACAGAUCCAGCAAAUCUAAAUCUGAACCGACCGCCCUCCGUUGGUUCGUAUCCACAUAUCGAGCGGCGUUCCGGGUACAAACGUCACGAAGUGCUCACAGCAAGCGCAUGCAAUGUUACGGCACAAUCUUCAAGAACAGCGGAGAUACUAGCAAAAUCAUUAUCCACGCCAGAAUUCACAACAGACCACGGAAACCUCAAUCUGUGGUCUCAACAUUUUGAUCCAAUGGAGACCAAAGAAACUAUAUCAAUGGAUUCAUUGGACAGUAAUCUUAUUGAGUUGCAAACCAUUGACUUCAAUCCAAAUUCAGUCCAACUUCCAACCAAUACUGUUCCAAGUCAAGGAUCUGACCUCAGCAACCAGCUGCAUUCAUUUUCUCCCAGCCAAUCAGGUGCAGCGAUUGAUGAUAACGUAUGCUACAUCCUAGAUAACUGCGAUCAGCAGAAAACUGGUGAAAGUUUCUCUUCAACAACGUCCUGCUGAGUAUAUAUAUUGAAAAGUGUGUCAAAGUCCAAGAUUCUGCCAAGUUUUAGAAUGAAAAGUGUGUUGAGGACAAGCACGCCCAGUCAUAAAUUGCAUACGAUUAUGUACCCGCUUGAAAUAGGCUAUAUUAUAUGGAUAAAUCUCGUUAGGCUGCUAAUAUGGUAAUAUUUUAUUUAUAAUUUUGAUAUUGUGCAAUAAUUCACUUUUAAAUUGGCAAAGAAAACAUUUGUUUGUGAAGCCAUGUUUUACCCUUUAAGUAUAGUAAACUUUGACCCUUUGAUGAUUAUGGUGAUACUAAAAUCAAUAAUAAAAUUAAUAAUCGCCAUAAUUGUUAUAAUUAAUAUCAAUAACAUUAAUACAAUAAUUAUUACUAUUAUCAUUUAAUUAUCAUCAUCCUCAUCAUUAGUGUUAACUUAUCGGGACAAUCUCAGUUCUUAAGUAGUAACUACAGGUAUUUAGUUUAUAUUAAUUUCAGAAGAGAAUUGUUUUUAAAUAGUAAAACUCAUGUAUUGAAAACUAUAUAUAGUAUUUCGUUAAAAGGUUAAAAGUCAUUGUCCAAUAUUUUUUUACACACAUCGUUUUGACGUCCUCACAAAGCUAAAUAUUCUAAAUAAGUACAGUAUAAGAGCUAUGGAAGAAAAAAAUCAAUAAGAAACAAGAAUAUUUUUGGGUUAUGAACGCCUUAUUAAUUUUCUCAAUAGUAUAUGUGUAGUAAUUCCAGCAAUAAUGUAAAUACAAUAACCGAGGCUUGUCAGAAUAUUGGUUUCAAGGCCUAAUUGAAAUGUACACGCUUGCUUGCCAGUAAAGAAUAUCAAAUAACUUUUGUAUGGCCUUUUAUGUUAAAUAUAUUUAAAUAUUUGGAUAUUUUAGAUUUAUAUAGAGGCUUGCUAUCUGUUGGAUUGGAGUUCUCCAAUUGAUAUCGAAAUAGAUUUUUAAAAUCCGAAGGCUUAAUAAGUAAUUUGAAUCAUAUUAUUAUUAUUAUAUACAACGAACGUUUUUGACUUUAUAUAAUUUAGAUAACACUUAAAAGAGGAAUAUAUAAUAUAUAUAAUUAACUAUUAAAUUAUAUAUGCAAUAUAUAUGUAUACUGUAUAUAUAUAUAUAUAUAUAUAUAUAUAUAUAUAUUCAUAUGCAUGACUCGAAUUCUAAACGUGACAUUAGCUAUUUUUAAAAUAAUUUGAGUUCUAUUAUUUUGUUUAUUAUUUCAAUUUUCUUAUAAUUAGCAUUGUAUUUGUGUGUAUAAUGCGUUGGUAUAGAAUUAAUUUUUGUCUGAACUGUAACUUUUUGAUAACUACUCUUACCAAAUAUAGUAAAAUGUGGAUUCGUAUCCACUCUUUCUCACUUAAACAGAACAUAAACAGAACAACGAAUUCUUUCAUUCAGUAUAAUGUAUCUUUAGAAUUGUUACUUAUAUAAUACAGAUUAAUAAUUUAUGAACUAUUGCAGUUAUCUACCUACUUUUGUAUGUUUAACCUUUAACUACUGUAAUUAUUGAAUAUACAUUCCGUUUUAAUAAUGUUUGAGUGAUUCUCUAUUACUGACAUAUUUUGUUUCCUUUUUAUAUGUUUGUAUUGAAUGGUUUUAGAUUCGAUAAUUUGUUUCCCUUUUUUAUAUGUUUUUAUUGAAUUCUUUUUUGUUUGUGUUACUAUGUUGGUGAGUUCAGAAGAGUGUAAUGUGUGACGUUUAAAGUAAUAUGUGGUAAUAAGUAAUGUAUGACGUGUAAAUUAAUGUGCGAGAAAUGAAGCAAUGUGUAAAGUGUAUCACAGGGUAUUUUAUAAAACUCUUAUUUAUUUAGAUUCAACUUAUUUUAAUUCUAGAAUUUAAAACUAGCAAUAUUGUGAAUUAUAAUACAUAUUAUGCUGCCGACGGCUCCUCCAAAACUUCUGUAAAUACAUUAUAUUUAUGCUUAUUAAGUUUUAUGUGUUAGAACCCUUUUCUUUGAGACCUGAUACGCAAUUAAUUAAUAAACAAUAAAUUAUUAAAUCAUAUGAUGUUUAUGGGAACAGCUUCGCCUCGUAGCACAUGGUAGAAUAAUUGAACGGUGGUGAUCUGAUUGGCUGGGAUGGGCUGUUGGAAGUCCCGAUAGGGACUAUGUUUAUUUUUUUCAACCAUUUUUCACUGAUGAGGGUGUUUCUCUAUUAUCAAGUUAAAUUUUAUGUGAUCUAUCUAUUGUUCUAUUUGUUAUAUAAUAACAAUAAUAACCUUAUCCCUUAACCCAUGAGAUUUAGCGUUUGCAUUAUGAGAUCUCAUAUGAGAUUUAAUUUCUCUAUUACUAGUAUUGAUCAUCCAUUCCUGAUGAUGAUAUAAUUAAUGUCGAAAUAUUGAAUCCCGACACGAUGGCGUGCAUUUCGAUACUUGGCUAUGCAUUAUACUGUCUAGUAUUAAUCUCUGAGUCUCUUUAAAACUCCAUUAUAUUCUUAACAAUUUCCUCUAAGCCCCGCCCCUUGGAAAUUGUUGCUAAGGUUUUACGCAACAUAUCAACGUAUGUAAGCACAUGCUUUUUAAAAACAACCCGUGUGUAUAAUGGAACAGGCGCGUACUCUUCGCCCUAUUCUGAUUGGUCAGUUGUUAAGUUCGAUUUUGAUGAAGGGUAUGAUAUGUAGAAUUGCCAACCAUUUAGCUUUUUAUAAUAUAUUAUUUAAAGACAAUUUAUUUUAUCAAUAUAAUUUGCAUAUUCAUUUUCUGUGUAUUAUUUUAAUGUACCUAGUUAUAGUUUUCUGCUUUAGAUUGUCUCUUUCAGUUUCAUAAGUAACGAAAAACUUUGUUUACAGCGCAAUCAAAGAUAAUUUUAAAGGUUCGUGGCCGUCUAAAGCGAUUUAGCUUGUGUAUUUGAUAAAUAUACAUUGAAGCACAAACAUUAAAAUCACUAAUAAUACUGUACUAUAUUUUGAAAAGGUAUGUUUUGUUGUACCUCAAAUUUUAUAUCUUCCAUCAUUAACCAAUUUCCUUUGAUGAGAACAUACGGCUGGCCGAUGUAAACUAAAUUUGCCAGUUGGCUCUCUACCAAUAAAUAUAUAAAGUAUAUAAAAUAUAUGAUAUAGCUUUUGUAAUGUAACUAUGUGAUCGCACAUCUUGGCUUUUUCGUACACAUGGGAGAUCAUACACAGAAAACCGUACAUUUGCGAUUUGUUCAUCAAUCUAAUUUUCUGUCCUAUAUGGAAUGUUGCAGCACAUCGAUUCACAACUUUGGUUUCUAAUGUAUUUCCCAUGUGGACGAAUUAUCCACCAGUUGCCUAUGGACUGGGCGCUAAUUUUCGAUUUUAAUACAAAAAUAAAACUAUUUAUCUGGGGUUAAAUGACCCAUAACUGUAUCAUUAUUACUGUUAAUGAUUUGAUUGCUGCGAAAGUUUUCGUAAAUUAUACGGAAUUUGUACAUCGCUUCUUGUUCAUUGCGUUCAAGGAAUACAUACACGACGCAUGCGUACGAAUGUAACCAAUAUGUAAAUACCGUUUUUUCCUGAUGUGUGUGAACAUAGUGAUAAUGGUACGAAUGUAAUUUUAGUCAAAAAAUUAAAUAAUAUAUUAUGGUUACGAUAUUUAUCAGAUGGAUGUUCCUGAAAUGUCCUUUCGGGUAAUGCUUGAUAUUUCAGCCUCUCGAAUAAUAGCUUUGGUAAUUACAUACUCUAAUUGAACAUUUUCUCCUAGGUCUGCAGUUCAGUUUUCACUGACGAGUGUAAUGAAAUAUUUUAUUUUGUUUCUUAAAGCCAUUGUUUGAGCCAAAAUUUUGAGAACAAUCAUAUGACGUUUAUAAAAAGCCUACCACAUUUUACCAUGUAAAAGAGCCGGUAGUCCCACCUAAUGAGGGCGUGGUUGCCGUAACACAUUUCAAUUGCAUUGUAACUUUUGUUAUGGUUACUCAUUGCGUUGAAGCUGUAGGCCCUAAGCAUGACUAUAUCCACGGAUUGUAUUGUUUUAAUUCAUAUUUAAUACUUAAGCACUUGUACCUCUAUGCAAUGACGUCAUCAUCUAUGAGUGUAUAUAGUCUUCCUUGUUGCAAUGAUUGAUGUCAGUGAUUGUUACCAUUUUUAAUGUAUUUGUAUGUGUAAUACAUUAAAAAAAUAAAGACAUGAAAAGAUAAAA